GUACGCCAGGUUUAAAGGAUAGGAUACAGCCUGCGAUCGCUGAGAUCGUCAAGGCAUUUUUGGAAGAAGAUGAAAACGAUAUUGUUCUUGGUAAUUAUAUAUAUGAAAGUCCAUUAUAACGCUAAACAAGUGACUGUUAAUACUUGUGUUUAUAUGCAUACAUGAUAUUUAAUUUUAAAGUAUAAUUUUAUAUUAAUUAAUCGUAACACAUGCAGAAGAACAUACUAUAGCUCAACCAAACAAGUAGCCUAAUCAUUUGAUAUUGUUAAAAUGCUACAGUAACUCUAAAUAUGAAUUUUGGUACCUGUAACACUGAUUCCCCUCCACUUAAAGAUGAACUAUUUUCCCAUUUAUCUAAAACACAGCUGAAUAAGCAACUUUGGCUGCCAAAAAUUGAUUAUCAUUUUAACAACGGGCCGCAAUGCUAUACACAUACCAAAAGCGGUCUUAUUUGUUGCAUUAUCAUUUUAUUUGGAAGAAAAAAAGGACCUUUAUCAACAAAAGGUAGUAAAUUGUCCCAAAUGCAUCGACUCCUCACAAUGCGCAACUGGAAGAAAUUAGACUUUAUUGACUGACUGAUGCCGAGUGCGCCCUGCAUGGCAGUCUUUUGACCGCGCGACACAUGGAAAAUGUCUUGCCAUGCAACAUGCUUUUGGCAGGAACAAAUAUGGAACAUAAAUUUGACGUCCGAUAAUGGGCGACCCGAAUAUUGGCCAAAUGAUGUGGCAUGCCAAUUACCAUCGGCCAAAGUAUAGUCUCUUACGCAUACCUAAUUAGCGGGCUGAGCCCUCACGUACGUGGCGGGCCCAAACCCGCUAAAUAUGAAUACGGGAAUAUGAAGUGCGCAGACAUGUGCUGCGCAUGAUAUUACCCAACACAAUUCUUGCAGGUAACAACAUUUUUUUUAAAGUAACCAUGUGUAAACUGUCAAAUGCAUGAGAGCCAGAUAUAUUCCUGUGAAACGUACCCUAACUCAUUAAUAGGAGAUUUUUUGUAUGUUACGUAACACGCGCUCAAAACCAAUGCGUAUAAUAUACCACUUGAGGUUAUGACUACAUUCAAAAUUUUUAUUUUUCGAUACGUUUCUCAAUCGGCAAACAAACUUAAAUCCUAUAUACCUAUAUAUGGCUACAACCCUGGACCUGUUUAAAAGUUAAACCACUAUGAUCGGAAAAAAAACCAUUUUGAUCUGGGAUUCUCAAUAAUUUCAUUAAUUAAUAUUAACAAUUCAUGUUGCAGUUGGAGAAAGAAACAGAAUGCUGACCAAAGCGGAGCUUGCACGCAUUAUUAUAUCGUACGAAGAAGGAAGGAGAGUAAGGAUGACUAAUUCAUUAUUUAAAGCAUGUUCUCAUUCGUUUGUGUACUGAGAACUUGGAUACCUAAAUAACAGUGAAGUUAUUCAAUAAAACCCAGACAUUAAAACCUAACCAAUUAAAGCUUUCACGGAAUGACGAAAAUGAGUACGAGUAUAAGCAUAUCACUUAAUAUUACUAUUCAGUUUCUUUAUUAGGUGCUAAUUCGUAUCUUUCAACUAUUUUAGCUUCAUCGUGAUGGUGGUAAUGUUGGUGGUGAUGAUGGUGGUAAUGAUCGGGGUGGUAAUGGGGGUGGUGAUGGUAGUGAUGAUGGUGGAAAUGAUGGUGGUGAAGUGGGUGGUGGUGAUGAUGGUGGAAAUUAUGGUGGUGAUGGCGGUGGUGGUGAUGCUCGUCAUGGUGGUGGUGGUGGUGGUCGUGCUGGAGGUCCUGUUCGUCGUGUUCGUCAUCUUCGUCGUGUUGUUGAUCAUUAUGGCCUCGAUCGUAAUAUUGAGGAUGUUUUUGGUCGUGGUGGGAAUCGUAUUGGUGGUGAUAAUGUUGGUGAUGGUCGUCGAGGAGAUGCUAAUGAUGGUGGUGGUAAUGAUGGUGGUGGUAAUGAUGGCGGUGGCGGUAAUAUACUUUGUGUCGUUUAGGUACACCUGUGUUAAAGACGCAAAUACAGCAUGCUGUGGAGCAAAAUUGUACGAGAUUAUUUGGGAGGAAUCGAGCUGCAAGAAGAGGAACCCGGUAAAUAUAUACGAAAGGCCAUUAUAACGCUAAACAAGUGACUCUUAAUACUUAAUUGUGUUUAAGCAUACACAAUAUUUAAUUUUACUGCAUUAUAAUUUUAUGUUAAUUGUAACACAAAGGACCAUAUCAGCUCAACCAAAGAAUUAAGCAGCCAAUCAUUUGAUAUCGUUAAAGUGCUACAGUAACUCUAAAUAUAAAUUUAGAAUUAUAAUAUUUCAAACUAACCAUGCAUACACUGCCCGAUAGGAGUGCAGAUAUAUUUCUGUGAAACCUACCCCCACUCAAGCUACCGGCCCACGCUCCAGCGGUUUUAUUUGUUGCAUUAUCAUUCCAUUUAGAUGAAGAAAAGAAGCUUUAUCAACAAAGGUAAAUUGGCUAGAUGCUGCAGGCCGAUAUGUCCAGGUUUUUGGUGUUUAGCUAGAUUAAUGCAUGACUCCAUAGGCAGCCCAAAACGGCAUGCAAAUGCACCAAUAAUGCUUCCAAAUGACAAUUUGCCUCAAGCUCGCCCCAUUCCUUUGUCAAAAGGUAUUGGUUUAUACUUCAUCAAUGAGGGACAGAGUGUAAUAUCUUUAUCAGCUAAAUUUAUGUUUUCUAUUGGUUACAGCAUAUGGUCUCUGGGAUCCAAGUGAUCCAAUGAUCCUAAUUUACUUGGAUGGCCAUUGGGUACUAAGAGUAUCAGGUACAUUUUAUUAAAGUUCCACUGUCAUUAAAAUAUUUAAUUUCUUAAACAAAAACUCUCUUAAAACGUUACAGUAACUACUUUUGAAGAUUUUAAUUUUAUUCCCAUGCUUAAUUAACAGAAGUCAAUUGUCUCAAGUGCAGGCCGGGGACUUUUUAGUCUCAUUUGUUGCAUUAUCAUUUAAUUUAGAAAAAGAUCUAGAAGAAGAUGUAUUGCCAGUGAGCCCUGUCGGUCUUAUGACCGCCCAACAAAUGGAAGGUGUGAGGCAGGCAAGAUGCAAAUGCACAACAAUGCGCAAUCAUGUGUUGCGUAUGAUCCUACUCAACAUGCUUUUGACAAGUAACAAUACUUCUUUUAAAGUAACUAUGUGUAUGCUCCUGAUGAGAGGCAGAUAAUAUUCCUGUGAAACCCUGCAGCUAACCCCCCCCCCCCCCCCCCUCCCCACAGCAACAAGGUGGACUAAGCUUGAAUAUGGAUAUGGUUGUAAUUCUACCAGUGCCUAAUGUUGUCAGUCAUAAUGACCUUCCAUCAACAAAGCAGACAUGCCUUAACAUGUAUUAUAUGGUGAUUCUGGACACCAUGAUCAAGUGGAAGAAAUUAAAGUCGAGCUUUUUUAGUCUUAUUUGUAGCAUUAUCAUUUAAUUUAGAAGACGACCUAGAAGAUUUAUAACGGGAAAUGCCAGUGAGCCCUGUCGGGUUUUUGACCGCCCAACAAAUGAAGAUGUGAAGCAGGCAAGAUGAAAAUGCACAACAAUGCGCAAUCAUGUGUUGCGCACUGUAGUCUUCACCAACAAAGGUAAAUGGUGGUGGUGGUGGGUGGUGGGUGGUGGUGGUGGUCAGCACGAUGGUGGUUGUGCUGAUGGCGGAGGCCCUGUCCGUCAGAGACACCGUGUGCGUCAUGCACAUUUUUAUCGUUUCCGGCGUAUUCGCGAUGCUGCAGGCAGAUAUGUCCAGGUUUUUGAUGUUUAGCUAGAUUAAUGCAUGGCUCCAUAGACAGCCCAAAACGGCAUGCAGAAUGCACCAAUAAUGCUUCCAAAUGACAAUUUGCAUCAAGCUCGCCCCAUUCCUUUGUCAAAAGGUAUUGGUUUAUACUUCAUCAAUGAGGGACCGAGUGUAAUAUCUUUAUCAGCUAAAAUUUAUGUUUUCUAUUGGUUACAGCAUAUGGUCUCCGGGAUCCAAGUGAUCCAAUGAUCCUAAUUUACUUGGAUGGCCAUUGGGUGCUAAGAGUAUCAGGUACAUUUUAUUAAAGUUCCACUGUAAUUUAAAUAUUUAAUUUCUUAAACAAAAACUCUCUUAAAAUGUUACAGUAACUACUUUUGAAGAUUUUAAUUUUAUUCCCAUGCUUAGUUAACAGAAGUCAAUUGUCUCAAGUGCAGGACGAGACUUUUUAGUAUCAUUUGUUGCAUUAUCGUUUAAUUUAGAAAAAGAUCUAGAAAAAGAUCUAGAAGAAGAUUUAUUGCCCAGUGAGCCCUGUCGGUCUUUUGACCACCCAUUAACAAAUGGAAGAUGUGAGGCAGGGAAGAUGCAAAUGCACAACAAUGCGCAAUCAUGUGUUGCGUAUGAUCCUGCUCAACAUGCUUUACUUCUUUUAAAGUAACUAUGUGUAUGCUCCUGAUGAGAGGCAGAUAAUAUUCCUGUGAAACCCUGCAGCUACCCCAGCAACAAGGUGGACUAAGCUUGAAUAUGGAUAUGGUUGUAAUUCUACCAGUGCCUAAUGUUGUCAGUCAUAAUGACCUUCCAUCAACAAAGCAGACAUGCCUUACAUGUAUUAUAUGGUGAUUCUGGACACCAUCACACCACCUAUCUGUAAUAAGGAGCUUCAACAAGAGGAAACCGAUUGGCCUCAUCGGUUAUGGCCAUGGUGAUGAAGAACUUACUACUGAUGUUGACAAAAGAACAUGCCACCAAAGUGUCGAGUUUGGUAACUAUAUAUGA